AAUCCAGAAGAGGAGAAAAAACAGCUGGACGAGGAGCAAAACUGCGAAGCAAUGGCUCGCACCAUCUCAUACAUAACAGGCUCUGAGCUCCUCGCCCUAAAACGUCGUCCCAACAUUGCCAUUGCCGUUGUUGACGUCAGGGAUGAUGAGAGGAGCUAUGAUGGGCAUAUAGCUGGGUCAUUGCAUUACGCGAGUGGUACCUUCACUGAUAAGAUCUCUAAUCUUGUUCAAGAAGUCAAAGGGAAAGAUACCCUUGUUUUUCAUUGCGCUUUGAGCCAGGUUUUAUCAGCGGUUCGUGGCCCAAAAUGUGCAAGGAGGUUGGCAAAUUAUCUUGAUGAGAUGAAAGAAGAUACUGGAAUAAAGAAUAUUUUGGUCUUGGAACGUGGUUUCAAUGGUUGGGAAGCUUCUGGUCGUCCUGUUUGCCAGUGCACUGAUGUCCCCUGCAAGGGUGAGUAUGCGAAGUAAUUGAUUCUAAUACAUAAAAGUUGAUCAAAGGAGAGCAUAUUGUCGUAUUGUGGUAGCCAUAUAUAUCCACUCCUUGCUACAGAAACAAUAAGAAUUACUGUCAUUGAAAAUGGGAUAUGUUGUUGGAUUGAUUUUUGUAUGCUUUGUGUUGUCUGUAUGAUAUAGAACUGGAAAUUUUGAAAUUGCUACUUUGCUAUUAUGCAAACCAAAUCAUUCCUCCAAUUUGCAGACAUGGAAAUGGGAAAAGUAGGCAUGUGUUUUGCCCUGCAA